CAGUAACCUCAAAACAGGGCAGGUUCAACGAUACCCAAAAUUCCAAAAACAGAAAAAGUGUACUGUAAUUAUGACGUCAGAUUUUCAGAGCCUCUAUCUAUAGCUGGGUUGGUGGCUCCACUGGCUGAUCAUCUUAACGGGGUUCGUGGUGUCAGCUGCUGUAACCAAGAGAUUGUCUGUCAGUGUCAAAGGUGAUAUCUUUUUGCUUAGUUCUUAAGUCCCACUUAGUUGUUAAUCAAAUCUGUAGAGCUCUCCUGGUUUCAUAAUUUGGAAAAAUGGCAGUGGAGAAGGCUGGUAUAGCUAAAGAUGUUACUGAAUUGAUUGGGAAAACCCCAUUGGUGUAUCUGAACCAUAUUGUGGAGGGUUGUGUUGCUCGUAUCGCUGCCAAAUUGGAAAUGAUGGAGCCCUGCUCUAGUGUAAAAGACAGAAUUGGUUAUAGUAUGAUUGCAGAUGCUGAGGCAAAGGGCCUUAUCACACCUGGGCAGAGUGUCCUAAUUGAGCCAACAAGUGGUAACACUGGCAUAGGGCUAGCUUUCAUGGCGGCAGCUAAACAGUACAGGCUUAUCAUUACAAUGCCUGCUUCAAUGAGUCUUGAAAGAAGAAUCAUCCUCCGAGCCUUCGGAGCUGAGUUGGUUCUCACAGACCCUGCAAAGGGCAUGAAAGGGGCUGUUCAGAAGGCUGAGGAGAUAUUGGCCAAGACACCUAAUGCUUACAUGCUCCAGCAGUUUGAGAAUCCUGCCAACCCAAAGGUACAUUAUGAAACCACUGGACCGGAGAUAUGGGAAGGCACUGGAGGGAAAGUAGAUGCUUUUGUUUCUGGGAUAGGUACAGGUGGAACUAUAACUGGUGCAGGAAAAUAUCUUAAAGAGAAGAACCCUAGUGUAAAGCUGUAUGGUGUGGAACCAGUUGAGAGUCCAGUCCUAACUGGAGGAAAGCCUGGUCCACACAAGAUCCAAGGAAUAGGUGCUGGUUUUGUCCCAGGUGUCUUGGAAGUCAAUAUCAUUGAUGAAGUCAUUCAAAUAUCAAGUGAUGAAGCAAUUGAAACUGCCAAGCUUCUUGCAACAAAAGAAGGUUUGCUUGUGGGAAUAUCAUCUGGUGCUGCUGCCGCUGCUGCAAUUAGGAUUGCAAAGAGACCAGAGAAUGCUGGAAAGCUCAUUGUUGUGGUUUUCCCAAGCUUUGGGGAGAGAUAUCUCUCCUCUGUGCUGUUUGAGUCGGUGAGACAGGAAGCUGAAAGCAUGACCUUUGAGACCUGA